AUGCAUUGCUUUUUUGCUGAGCUGGAACCGUCUAUUCCCGUCACGGAACAAAACCUGGCAGACCGAGUUCGGUACACCAUGCGCUCGAAAAUAUUUCAUGAUGCCGAGCUCGAACGACUACGACGUGAGGCCAUUACCUCAUCGAAUGAAUUGGCUACGGCUCGGGAUGCGGCUCCUCAGCCGACAGACCAGCAUCCACGCGUGGAAGCCGCCAUGGAUCUUUCAGUCGUGGCUGAUUCGGACGAUGAUCAAAUGGUCUCCCACGAACUAGAGCAAAUAAGGAGUAUAUUGGAAGAGGCGAUUUUGGAAACGCGCAGCAUGCCUCUCGAAAAUCGACCGAACGCGACUUCCCCGCAUACUAAGAAGAAAUCGGGCUAUCGUGGGGCUCUUACCCAUGCUGGUAACCUGUUUUGA